AUGUCCCAAAUUUUGGACAAGGACUUUUUGCAACAUCUGAUUGACAUCCACAACAUUGGCUGCGGGGAAAGGCCUCGACUAAAAUGGUAUAUAACCGCCAUCAUCGCAUUUGGGGGAAUGAACUAUGCAGAAUUGAUACCGGAAUUGUAUAAAAUUGUUCUCGACACGCAUGUUGCGGACAAGGACCAAAUGACUGAGACUCGCAAAAUACGCGAAGCUCUCACCAAGGUCUGUGGGAUAUGGGGUGCAGCGAAGACGGGCACGUCUCUUAGACAGCUCCUCACUGCCACACCGGAAUAUCUGCAGGAAUCAAAAUGCUACAGGUAA